CAUACGUGGCCGAGGGAAGCCAACAUGGCUGACACAGAAACUAUCGUGAACGGUGUAGAAAAUCUAAAUGUCACUGACGAUAAAGAUGCCAACUCAAAUUCUAAUACGAUCCUAGAUGAGUAUUCUGCUAAAUGGGGUUUUCCACUUGAAGAACUCUAUAAAAUCGCCUUGAAGUUUUUUAAAGAAAAAGAAGGGAAAGCCUUACAGUUAACAUAUAAAGAUAAACUGAAACUGGUAGCCUACACGAAACAGGUUGUGUUUGGCAAGUUUCGUAAUGAUACAUCACCAGAUGUAGGAUUUUUAGAUGUAGUUGGUAAUGAUCGAAGACAAGCAUGGCAGUCAUUAGGAGAUAUGUCGAAGGAAUGUGCAAUGGAAGAGUUUAUCAAGUCAUUAAAUUCCACAUGUAAUUUAUUUCAACCGUAUGUUAAAGCUUUGAAAACAGAACAAGAAGAACAAAUUAGAAAACAAAAAGAAGAAGAAGAGAAAAGAUUACAUGAAGAAGAAGAAAGAAAACGCCAAGAAUUAGAAGAUGAGGCUAAAAAACAACAACAGGUAGAAAGACAGAGACAAGUAGAACAACAGAUUCAGAUUCGAGCAGCAUUAAAUCAACAAACCGAAGUACAGUUCCGUCAAUAUGCUGAGCAACAAUAUCCUGCUAAUACACAAAUGCAAGAUGAGUUAAUACGACAGUUACAAGAACAACAUUUUCAACAAUACAUGCAACAAGUUUAUCAACAACAAAUGUUACAACAACAACAAAUACAACAACAAACAACAACUACAACAACAACCACCCAUAAUCAAUCAUUACGACAAGAUCAUGAUAAUCAGCUCAAUAAUGUUAAUCAUGUUGCUAGGUUACAAGAUGGCACAGAUGGAGACGCAUAUCGACCUUUCACCCCUGAGAUCCUACCUGCGUCACUAUGGACACGCCCUGAACUUAGUUCAUUUAAAGAGGAGAUCAGACCAAUUAAAGAACAGGUGUUAAAAAUCAACUGUCUUGCUACAGCCACGGUUCGGGUGCCGACACAUGAAGAUGGUAGUUGUUUAUUCUGGGAGUUUGGUACAGAUUAUUAUGAUAUUGGUUUUGGUUUGUAUUUUGAGUGGACGGAAUCACCAAAUAAUAACGUUAGUGUACAUGUUAGUGAAUCUAGUGAUGAAGAAGAUGUAGACGAAGAGCAAGCACAGGGUGAAGAUGCUAAAGCUGAUGUAGAAAGCGGUAAAAAGCGAGAUGAUCGACCACCAACAGAUGAAAUAAUACCAGUAUAUAGACGAGAUUGUCAUGAAGAAGUUUAUUGUGGUAGUCACACGUAUCCAGGCCGUGGUGUAUAUUUACUGAAGUUUGAUAAUUCAUAUUCAUUAUGGAGAUCCAAGACUUUAUAUUAUCGUGUCUAUUAUUCUAAAUAAUUAUUUAAUGUAUGAUGAAUAGAUAAUAUUUUUAUGGGAUGUUUAAAUUAUUGCGGGCUAAGCUUGUAAUUUAUAUAUAUAUAUAUUGUGAAAAUUGUAAAAAGUCUUGUUACUGCAGAGCGUACUUGUUUACCUGGGGGUUUUCAGGGGUCGAAUUAUAGAAAUUUAAAAUUUCUUUCUAGCUCAUAAACAUCAAAACUAUGUCAAAAGAAUGAAUGUUAAGAGGCAUUAUCUCUUUGUAAGUCUUUCACCAAAUGGUACAAGAUUAUUUUGGAUUUGUUCAGAUUAGUGUAUAUGCAAAAUUUGAGAGCAAUUUACCAAGCUUUCGCUGAGAUAUACAUGUUUUAACUAUCAAAUGCUUUACGGUCCUACUCACAAGGCAGAAAAAUUUAGUUUCACAAAUAUCUCUACUGUUGUCAACUGUCAACGUAAUCAGAUUGCUGUCAACACAUCCUUUGAUAUGGUCACAAAGUUGAAAUUUUUAUCAACAGAAGUGUGAGAAAUCGUAUCAAAUAUGGUAGUUAAAUGGUUGCUUACAAUAGUUAAUUUUGACAGUUGAUCUAAAUUAAGGGCUGGACUUUUCUAAAACUUGUGUUGUGGGGACUGUUCAGUGGUUUUCAGCAACCUUACUCUUCAGUAGCUUAGUGUUUGACUUGUCAAAAAUUAGGUGAGUGAAAGCUUUUUUUGAAUAUAUUAUUCAGAAUUAAUUACAACUGUUUUUUAGCUUAAAGUGAUAAUGCCUCUUUGAAGAUUUUAGGGGAUGGGAUACGGUAACUUUUUCAAAGGUACUGUUUCCUAAAAUAAUUGUAAAGCAAGAGAUAAAUUGGAGUUAAAAUUAAUCAUUCCGAAAGAAUUUACCAAUUUAUAUAGAUGGAGAUUAGAGAGAGAAAUCUCGACAAAUAUUGUAUAAUAAAAGUUGUUUUUUUAAACUGAUAUAGAGAUUUAUAGAGAAAGAAAAAAGUUGAGUUGAAAAAGACACAGUGUUGAAACCUACAUGUAAAAUAGCUAAUUACACCCAAAUUGUCUGUCCUGGUUAAGAUCUGGCAAAAUUCUCCUCCAUGUAAACAUAACAAUAGAACUAAAAUAAGCAUAUGUUAAUCUCAAACUGUACUUUUUACUGACAGCUGAUAAUGGUAUAAAGCUAUAACAUUGGGUCUACUGACUGAUAGCUAAUGAAGGUAUAAAAGUUAUAACAUGGGGUCUAUUGACUGACAGCUAAUCAAGGUAUAAAAGUUAUAACAUUGGGUCUUUUUCACCGUGGGCUUAAAAUUGUAUUCACUAAUUAAAUUAUGUUAAAUACUUAACUUAUAGAAAUUAUAUAAUGUCAGAUUUAUAAAUAUAUAUAAUUAAUACACAGUAAGACUUCAUUUAUAAAAAAAGGUUAAUGCAAGCAAGAAAUUAACAAUUGGAUAAUGAUCAUUUAUAUAAAAACAUAUUGGCCUAAUGAAUUUCUAGUCUGAUAAAAGAUGAUUUAACAUCUGUAAGAUAAUUUGGUUUCCCAUCAUUCUUACAAAUAUUGUGAUAUUAGUCAUUCUUUUCAGCUUAUUUUGUGCAGAACUUCCAGCUUAAUUGGUCCAAUAAUUACCUUGUAUUGAAUAUCAAUGAGAAAAUAUAUUAUAAAUGGUGUCAUUCAAGAACAUGCAUGUACAUAGAAGUGAUUUUCACAUUGAGGGAGCCAAAAUUGGCAAAAGUAAUUUGGGUUGUGUCAUGUAAUUAAUAACAAGAUAUUAAGUGUCAUGAGAGACUACAGCAGGUUAUAAUUUGAGUUGACUGUAAGGUUUAAUAUUAUUAUUAAUACUGUUAUGUUUAAUAUGUGUUAGAUGUUUAAUAUUAGAAAUGUUGUGAUCAUCAAAUGAACUUUGUAUAUUAUAUCUAUUUCAUUGUUUUAAAGCCACCACCGUGUCUUUUUAUAUGCCCAUAUAGAAAUGGGGUCGUAUAUUGCCGUCACCCCUGUCCAUCUGUCGUUCAGUCUGUCGUCCACAAUUUCUUGCGAACACUCUACAGACAACAUUUAUCAUCUGAUUGUUUUAAAAUUGAUAUAUGUUGUUUACAUUAGAAGCCAUUUUAAUUUCAAAAAUUUCCAUUAAUUUCUUCUGGAGUUACCUGUAUGGCCCUUGUUUCACUUUGUUGCACUUUGUUGCACUUUGUGAACACUCUAACAACAAAAGUAAUCGAUUCGAUUUAGUGAAACGAAGACACCUAUUGAAUUUAAGCAAUUUCCGUUAAUAAAAUCUAGAGUUAUGGCCCUUGUUUCACUUUGUUGAACCUUGUGAAGGCUCGAACGACAAAAGUUAUCAUCCAAUCUGUAUGAAAUUUAUAUGCAUCAUUUAAAUUAGUGAAACGAAGAAGCCUAUUAAAUUUCAACAAUUUCUGUUAAUUACUUCCAGAGAUAAGGACCUUGUUUCUUUUUAUAGAACCUUGUAAACCCUCAAACGAUGAAAAUUAUAAUUACAACGCUAUUCGACCGCUCAGACAAUUUAGCUGCUGUGGGCGUAUGUUUUGUUGCCUGGCAACCUGUUUUUCCAUCAUAUUGUUCCUCAUCAACUCAUGUAUAACUUUCAAUAAGUUCACUACAGCUUUAGUUAUUUGAACUUUACACUGAUGCUACUGCCAAGACCCAUGGAUACUAUUUUAAAAUGCUUUCUUGACAACAGUACUAAAACAAAUCAUUACAUAUUUGUGGUUUUUGUUAGCACACUCGAAUCUUGUAUUUGAAAUUUUCACUGUUUUAUCUCGUGUUAUCAUUAUAAGCUACCGAAUGUCAUUUGAAGGAUAUUAAAUCCCCUACAAGUUACAUUAAUGUGAAAUUUGAAUCUCUCAAAGGAAUAUCAAUCAAAAUAUGCUUUAAUUCUGUUUAUUAUUUACAUAUAAAACUUGACAAUUUUGUAACAUACGACAAACAUAAACAAGCCAGUAUUAUUCCAUUGUCCUCUUUAAAUUUGUAGAAAUCUACCCUUGUAAUUUGGUUUGUAUUCUUAAUUAAUUUAAAUAAUCAAUUUGAACACAUGAGUAAUAUGAAAACUUAGAUAUCAAUGGCUUUCAAACCAAUUCUGUAAAUGAAGUCCGGUUUUGUGAACUUUGAUCAUGCAAUGUAUUUUAUCUCCCCUGCUUGUGUAUAUAAUUAGUGUGUGAAUACAGCCAUAUUUCAAAGUGAAUAAUUGACACUUUAUCAUUGUAAAUUAGCUGAUAGAAAUAAAUAAUAACUAAAAUGAUAAAGAAUACUAAUUCAUUUAUAACUUUUUCCCAGAUGCAUGGAGCUUUCAGUUAAAGAAAUGGAGUUAUGUCCCUUACAUUGGACUGGGACCUAUUUAAUUUAGUUAGUGAAAUCGAAUGCAAGCCCAAGCAGUAGUAUAGUGUUAUCUUAUUAAAUUGAAUUUACACUGCCAGUGCUCAUCUAAUCUUUAUCAUAUUUGAUGUAAUGACUUGCCAAACAACAAAAUAUUAGUUGGUUUAUUAUGGAUUGAUUCAAAAUGGAAAUGGCUAGUUUUUUUUAAUGGCUAGUUAUUAACCAAAUUAUGAUGAGAAGGGAGGGAUGCUUAAUACAUUUCUAAGAAAAACCAGCAGGUGGGUGCUUAUUAGAGUAAGGUUAGUUGUUACAAUGAAUAUGGUAUAUAUGUCUUCAGCAUUUACAGUCUUACAGUAUUUCUUCCUAGAUAAACUUAAAUCUCCAAACAUUAAAACCUCGACCAUCAUAAUUCCCAUUUAGUUAGAAUUUACAGGAAAGGGGGGCAGUUUUGUUAUUCAUCAUAUCGUAUUAAUAGUGUGAUAUGUUAUUGUAUUGUAUAUAUAUAGUAAAUAUAUUAUAUCUAAACAG